UUUCUCCCGACUUUUGUUAUUUCAACCGUAGCGGAGUUGUGCGUUAUAUUACCUUUCGAUGGCUGAGAAAUUUAUGUGGGCUAAGUAGGCUCGACCGAACGAUCGACCGACGUUUCUGAAAAAAAAAUAUUCUAAAUACAUUGGAAUUACUCUGGAGAUCCUCAAUCCACAAAGCUAUCCAGAUUCAUGGAUUCGGAGGCUAAAGACCUGGACUUGAGAAGGGGGGAUGUAGAAAGACCGCAGUUCGAGGCGGUCACCACUUUGUCGGACUCUCAGGCCAUUCGGAGCGUUGACUUUCAUCCAAAUGGAAAGCUGUACGCGGUAGGCUCCAACUCAAAGACAUUCCGCAUCUGUCAAUAUCCCCAACUGACCAAGCUGAGCAGACAUGGCCAACAGACGACGACGGUGUAUCCACCCUCGGUGCUCUGCAAGAGAACGAAACACCAUCGCGGCUCCAUAUACUGCACGUGCUGGUCGCGGGACGGGGAGCUCAUUGCCACCGGAUCGAAUGACAAGACCAUCAAGUACAUGAGAUUUAACAAUGAUACCAACCAGUUGGUGGGCCACGAGAUCGAGCUAAACAUGCACGACGGCACCGUGCGAGAUAUGUGCUUCUUGGAUGAUUCAUCCACGAAGUCCCGUCUUCUGGCCAGUGGCGGCGCCGGCGAUUGCAAGAUCUAUAUAACAGACUGUGGAACUGGGACGCCCUUUCAGGCCUACACCGGCCAUUCUGGUCACAUUCUGUCCCUUUAUAGCUGGAACAAUGCAAUGUUCGUUUCGGGAUCGCAGGAUCAAACGAUACGGUUCUGGGAUCUGCGAGUUAAUGUCUCGGUAAACACCUUGGACCACGAGAGGCGGGAGGGCCUGGAGAACUCCGCAGUGACUGCAGUGUGCGUGGAUCCGACGGGCAGACUUCUGGUUUCCGGACAUGCUGAUAGCUCUUGCGUAUUGUACGAUAUUCGAGGCAAUCGACCUAUACAGCGUUUCUAUCCCCACACCGCUGAAAUAAGGUGCGUCCGCUUCUCCCCAUCCGCAUAUUAUAUGCUGACUUGCAGCUACGACAACUCGGUCAAGCUGACAGAUCUGCAGGGAGAUCUGGCACAUGAGCUGAAUUCGGUGGUGGUGGCGGAGCACAAGGACAAGGCAAUUACCAUCCGAUGGCAUCCAACCGAAUUCUCCUUCAUCUCCACGUCGGCAGACAAGACGGCAACAUUAUGGGCCCUACCUCCUUCGUAAUAUUAUGCACCAUUGGAUCUAAUAACGGCUUUAACUUCGUUGUCAAUAUUGUAUUUUGUGCAGAAUAGAUCAACAUGCGCACAUUUGUUGUUGGUCAGACUGAUCUUAAUUUAUUAAAUAAAA